AUGCAUUCCGACAAGGUCAACUUCGUUCCUCUUUCUUGCACUCUUGCAGAGAUAAGGAGCGCUAUACCAGAACGUCUCUUCAUUCGCAGCACGGUUCGGUCAAGCAUAUAUCUGCUUCGCGAUUUGUUUCUUGCAGGCGCUCUGUGGUCUGUUGCGACUUACAUUGACCCCUUCUUCCGAGAUGCUGCCAAAAUUUAUAAUUUUGGCCCAGGAUUAGAACUACUUGGCCGUACAAUAUGUUGGCUCGGGCUGGUAUUCACCGGCUUGUGGGUCAUGGGGCAUGAGUGCGGACAUGGCGCAUUCUCUCCGUCUGCCAUGGUCUGCGACACUCUUGGAUAUGUUAUUCAUAGUCUCCUUUGGACACCAUACUUCAGCUGGAAGUUCGUUCAUCAUCGCCACCACGCAAACCACGCCUCCAUGGAAAAAGAUGAAGUAUACGUGCCGAAAACAAGAUCAGAAUUAGGUAUCCCAGAGGACUCUGGCGAAACGAAGAUUGACUACACCGAGUACUUUACGGAUACACCUGUAUGGACACUCUUCACACUCAUUCGCCAGCAGUUGUUCGCUUUCCCUGCCUACCUCAUUGCGAACGUCUCAGGACAAAAACAUUAUCCGAAAUGGACAAAUCACUUCGAUCCAAAUUCUGUUUACUUUACCAAUUCCCAACGCAAUGCUGUUUUGGCUUCUGACUUCGGUUUGCUGAUGAUGACAUUCAUUACGGCGAAAGCAUGUGCUGCCUAUGGAUGGCUUGAGGUCGUCAAAUUCUAUGGUAUUCCAUGGCUGUGUGUUUUGCACUGGUUCGUCAUGAUUACAUAUCUUCACCAUACAAGCGCGGAUCUUCCUCAUUAUCGCAGCGGGCAAUGGAAUUAUCAAAGAGGAGCUGUGGCGACCGUCGACCGUGACUUCUUGGGCUGGCAAGGCCGAUUCUUUCUCCAUGACGUCGCACAUUAUCACGUCAUACAUCACUUCUUCCCAAAAAUGUCCUGGUACAACGGCGAAGAGGCCACUCAGUACUUAAAGCGCAUUCUGGGAACACACUAUCACCGUUCCGAAGAACCUGUCUUCUCUGCGCUUUGGAGAACGUAUAAUCAAUGCCAAUUCGUUGAAGAUGAAGGCGAUAUUAUAUUCUACAAGGAUAAGGCGGGUAAAAUCAACAUAAGCCAGAACAUCACCGAGUGA